AUGUCUCUCAAGGUCGCUUUAACAUCUAAUAAUCUCAUCGAAGCUGUUAAGUGUUCUGUGGCUCCUUCAGCGCUUGAAGACGAUACGAGGCCUCCCACAAAUCUAUACUCGGUUGAAUCACCUCACAAAGCCGCAAUUCUCUCUGUUGUGAAAAUUAUUCCAACUGUAGAAACUUACCAUGUCGUAUUUGUUCAUGAUGGCUAUCUUCCUCACUGGGAGGGACAAGCUUUCGGUGUAAUGCUCGCGCCUGAAAAUCCUUCAGAUAAACCAGAUCAGGAAAUGCUUCGCUACUUCUUUGCUGCUUCUUCAAGGUAUGGAGAUUAUUUUAAUGGUAGAACAGCUAGUUUAUGUGUGUCUCCUAUUCCUGGCACUACUAGCGAAAUUUUGUGCAAAUCAAAGCGCGGGGAUAAAAUUCUACUUACAGGUCCAACGGGCGAGGAAAUGCUUUUGGGAGAUUAUAAGGCCAACAAAACUCACAUAUUUGUUGCCACUACUGGGGCUGGUAUUGCUCCAUUUAAAGCCCAUCUCCGCCGGUUCUUCAAAGAAGAUAUUCCAACAUUCAAAUUUUCUGGGCUUGCUUGGCUGCUCGAUGAUAGUGGACUCUACAAAGAUGAAUUCGAGCAAUAUCGAAGGGACUGCCCAGAAAAUUUCCUGUACCAGAUGACAACAUUAACCAGUAAUCAAGCUCGUGAUAUGUUGCAGCUGUUGAUUGGUGGGGCCUACAUAUGCUUCGCUGGGGGCACGGACAAAAUAGCUACAAUUGAGAAAGCCUUAGAGCAAGCUGCCAAUGUGAUCGAGGAAGAUUGGGCUAAAAUACUCGCCAAAUUGAAGAUUGACGAGCAAUGGCGCGUUCAAGUCUACUGA